AUCCUAACUGGUACUCCACGUUAGAUCCGCGUCUCGGUGAGCGGGCUGUGCUGAUCAGACAGACUUCCGGAGACUGGGCUGUGCUGACAGGACGAUGGACCAGUUCACAAUACAUGAAAGAAGGGUAUCUUUCUGUGAAAUUCCACAAGUUAGAGGACAAAUCUACUCAGUAUAUUGAUGUCCGAGUGCCUAAGUCAGAGGAGGAACAUUUUUGUAUUCAUGUGGAUAACAAUGUGUUUGACAUGGAAAGUUCCGACUUUUGCCUGCGCUGUAGAUCUGACGAAUCAUUACAUUACUUAGCCACCGGUUUGUCAAUAUUUCUUCUCCUCGUGCUUUGCAUGCCUAGACCAACAGACAUAUCCAAGGCGGAAGAGGAAGUAAAUGAGUUGAGUCACGUGAUUGAUUCGAAAUUCCUCGUCGGCUGCGGGUUCAACGUGAUCACAUCAAAUAAUUCCAAGAAAAUGAAGGCGUAGAUACAUGUACGAUUUAUAGCUAAAGUCAGCAGUUUCUCUCUGUCUUUCAUUAUGAACCCCUGUACUCAUACAACUGUAUGCACGUUUUUGCAAGAUCGUUUGUUUUUAAAGUUGAUAACCAGAAAAUAACCAAAUUCUUGUUUUGAAUAGAUAAUCAAACGUUUGAUUUUGUUCGGCAAAUGUUUUUCUUUGUUUCGCCAUGUUAUAAUUGUUUGACGUUUAAUAAUGCAGAAAAAAACAAACAACACAUCACAUUAUAGUCAAGAUACCUUUAUCAAGAACUGCCAUUUACAAAUAAACA